GGUAACAUUAAUUGACGAUCAACUCUUACGAGUGUGCGCUGUAACUUCAUUCGUUCGGCGACAAUGGCGGCAGACCUUGAUCAGCUUCAACAGCUUUUAAACACACUUCUUAGCACGGAUAAUGAUACCAGAAAGCAAGCAGAGGAGGCAUACAACAACCUCCCAGUGGAUAGUAAGGUGACAUUUCUUUUAAGCUCCUUGUGCAAUGCCACCCUUACAGAAGAAAUGCGUGCUAUGGCUGCCGUCUUGCUACGUCGACUAUUUGCUUCUGAAUUUAUGGAUUUUUAUCCUAAAAUUCCACCAGAAGCACAAGCUCAAUUAAGAGAGCAAAUUUUAUUAUCUGUUCAAAGUGAACAGACGGAGACUAUUCGACGUAAAGUUUGUGAAGUUGCAGCUGAAGUUGCACGAAAUUUAAUUGAUGAAGAUGGUAAUAAUCAGUGGCCAGAAUUUCUGCAGUUCCUAUUCCAAUGUGCAAAUAGUCCUGUACCAGCAUUGAAAGAAAAUGCUCUUCGAAUGUUCACAUCCGUCCCUGGUGUAUUUGGAAAUCAACAAGCUAAUUACCUUGAUCUUAUUAAACAAAUGUUGCAGCAAUCUAUCAUGGACUCUGCAAAUUAUGAGGUCAGAUUUCAAGCAGUAAGAGCAAUUGGAGCCUUUAUCGUUCUUCAUGAUAAAGAAGACAAUAUACAGAAUCAUUUCUCAGAAUUACUACCAGCAAUUGUACAAGUAAUUGCUCAAUCGGUAGAAAAACAAACAGAUGAUGCUCUUUUAAAAGUUUUGAUCGAUUUAGCGGAAUCAACACCCAAAUUUUUGAGAUUACAAUUAGAGACUAUAAUGGAAAUGUGUAUGAAAAUAUUUUCAAAUGAUGAUAUGAUUGAUUCAUGGAGACAAUUAGCAUUGGAAGUAUUAGUUACACUUGCAGAAACUGCUCCUGCAAUGGUACGUAAAGUUGGUGGAAAAUAUAUUGCGUCUCUAGUACCAUUGGUGCUAAAAAUGAUGACAGAUAUACAAGAAGAUGAAAAAUGGAGUUUUUCGGAUGAAAUUGUUGAAGAUGACAAUGACAGUAAUAAUGUCGUUGCUGAAAGUGCUUUAGACAGAUUAGCAUGUGGUUUAGGUGGUAAAACUAUGUUACCACAAAUUGUACAGAAUAUUCCGUCAAUGUUAAAUAACAGUGACUGGAAGUACAGGCAUGCUGCUCUUAUGGCAAUAUCAGCUGUUGGUGAAGGUUGUCAUAAACAAAUGGAAGUAAUAUUACCUCAAAUCAUGGAUGGAGUUAUACAAUAUUUACAAGAUCCUCAUCCUCGUGUAAGAUACGCAGCUUGUAAUGCAGUAGGUCAAAUGUCAACUGAUUUUGCACCUGUAUUCGAAAAAAAAUUUCAUGACAAAGUCAUUCCUGGAUUAUUAAUGGUGUUGGAUGAUAAUGCGAAUCCAAGAGUUCAGGCUCAUGCCGGUGCAGCCCUCGUAAACUUCAGUGAAGAUUGCCCAAAAAAUAUAUUAACACCAUAUUUAGAUGCUAUUAUGGCUAAAUUGGAGUCGAUUCUUACUGCUAAAUUUCAAGAGUUAGUUGAGAAAGGCACUAAACUUGUCCUUGAACAAGUAGUUACAACUAUAGCAUCUGUUGCUGAUACAUGUGAAGAACAGUUUGUAACAUAUUAUGAUAGAUUAAUGCCAUGUCUAAAAUACAUUAUUCAAAAUGCUAAUCAACAAGAACAUAAAAUGUUACGUGGUAAAACCAUUGAAUGUGUGAGUCUUAUAGGACUUGCAGUAGGACCUGAAAAGUUUAUUGCAGACGCUAGUGAAGUUAUGGAUAUGUUAUUAAAAACGCACUCAGAAGGAGAUCUUCCAGAUGAUGAUCCACAAACUAGUUAUUUAAUAUCUGCAUGGGCUCGAAUUUGCAAAAUUCUUGGUAAACAAUUUGAGCAAUAUUUACCAUUGGUAAUGGGUCCAGUUUUACGUACAGCAGCUAUGAAACCAGAAGUAGCUGUACUAGAUAACGAAGAUAUGGAAGGUCUAGAAGAUGUUGAUUGGGAAUUCAUCUCUCUUGGUGAACAACAAAACUUCGGAAUUAAAACUGCUGGCUUAGAAGACAAAGCUUCCGCCUGCGAAAUGUUAGUUUGCUAUGCACGUGAAUUAAAGGAAGGUUUUGCAGAUUAUGCAGAGGAAGUAGUACGGCUAAUGGUUCCUCUGUUGAAAUUUUAUUUUCAUGAUGGUGUUCGAACAGCAGCUGCUGCAAGUUUACCAUAUCUUCUAGAUUGUGCAAAAAUAAAAGGUCCACAAUAUCUUGAAGGGAUGUGGGCGUAUAUCUGUCCCGACCUCUUGAAAGCAAUUGAUACAGAACCUGAACCUGAAGUUCUGCUAGAAAUAUUAUAUUCGUUGGCUAAAUGUAUCGAAACCCUCGGUGCCGGUUGUUUAGGAGCACAACCCAUGGCUGAAUUGUUACGUAUAUUAGAUAAAUUACUUAAUAAACAUUUUGAAAGAGCAGUAGCUAGAUUGGAGAAACGUAAAGAUGAAGAUUACGAUGAAGUUGUUGAAGAACAGCUUGCUGAUGAAGACAGUGAAGAUGUAUAUACUCUAAGCAAAAUAGCAGACAUUUUACACGCAUUGUUUACUACUCAUACGUCAUCAUUCUUCCCUUACUUUGAUCAAAUUUGUGGACAUUUUGUUAAAUUGUUAAGCCCCGAAAGACCUUGGUCAGAUCAUCAAUGGGCUUUAUGUGUAUUUGACGAUAUAAUAGAAUUUGCCGGACCCGAAUGUGCAAAAUAUCAAGAAUACUUCUUACGACCAAUGAUACAAUACGUAUCCGAUAAAUCAGCAGAAGUAAGACAAGCAGCAGCUUAUGGUUGUGGCAUUUUAGGGCAGUACGGAGGAGAAGCGUUCGCUCAAGCAUGCGCAGAGGCUUUGCCUAGGUUAAUGGAUGUUAUAAACGAUCCAGAAUCAAGAUCACCUGAAAAUGUCAAUCCUACUGAAAAUGCUAUAUCUGCAGUUACAAAAAUUCUUAAAUAUAAUAAUAAAGCAAUCAAUGUUGACGAAAUACUACCUUAUUGGGUCUCUUGGCUACCAGUGGUAGAAGACAGAGAUGAAGCACCCCAUGUUUAUGGAUAUUUAUGUGAUUUAAUCGAAGCAAACCAUGUAAUAGUUUUAGGACCAAAUAAUGCAAACUUACCUCGGUUAAUAAGUUUCUUUGCAGAAGCAUUUUGCCAAAAUGUUGUAUCGACAGAUAAUCCUGUUAUGGGUAGAAUUCUUAGUAUUGUUAGGCAAAUACAGAACAACGAGUCUAUGUUCCAGGCAUGCAUAAAUGCAUUAACUGCAGAUCAACAACAAGCAUUGCAUGAGGCACUUCGUGCACAGCCUACUAAUUAGCCAUUUGCUUUUAUUCUCCAACCAUAACACUUUAAUAUAAAACAAAACAAAACGAAAAACACACAGACAUUUGCUUUAAUAAAGUUUGUGGAGAAAUCACAGAUUUUAGGUAGCUACAUUAUACCUAUGGAACAAUUUCGCCAGCCUAAUUAUGAAGAAAAACAAUUGUAUGUAACUAUUUGAUAUAACUCAUAUAUUUGUUGACUGUAUUUCACUAGUAAAUACAAUAGUUUCUACUACAAUAAUUUCGUACUAUUUGGAAUUAUUGCAAAUUACAUACAAGAAAACUUGUACUUGUUAUUACUUGAUAAAGUGUGAUACAUUACAUAUAAAUCUAACAAUAUAAAAUUCAUUAAAUCACACAAGUGAGUUCGCACUGACGAAACUUUUUAUAUUAAUUAUUUUUGUUUACUUCAUAAAAAUAACACAAGUAACAAACGGAUAUGAAUUUAUUUUUAAUAUAAAAAGAUUAGAACAAAAUUACAUUUCCCGCUAUUGCGAGCCGAACGAUGCUAAAAUCUUUUUCUCUGUUUUUUUGCUUUUAUUCUUUUUCUUAAUGCUUUGUAAAUUGCAUAGUAUCUGUAAUCAUUAACUCCAUUUUUAUUCUACGAGUAUCGAAAAAUUAACACUUUUGUCAUUGCGAUCUCUUCGUCCCAAUUAUUCUCGUUCUGAAACUACUUUUUUGGCAGAAUAAUAAAAAUGCGAAAAAUAGACUGGAAAAACACCAACUCAUUGCCAUCAAAUGAUGGCGUAAUAUAUUGUGAUUUAGGUAUUUUUAUUAUUAAAUUUAGGUACAGUAAAUGUUAUUUAAUAAUGAUAUCGAUAAUAUUACAGCGUUGAAGUUAUACGGAACUGUAUACGAAUGCCUUUAAAUGAAACGUAAUGAACUGCUUUAAGAUGUUUUAUGUUUUAGUAUAAUAAAUUAUUUGCUAAAUUCUAAUUCAAUGGAUUGUAUUAGAAUGAUAAAUUUUAAUAAAUUUAAAUAAGUUUUAGUUUAACAUAAAACAUAUUUGAUCUUGUAACUUUACAGCUAAUUUACAUUGAUUUGUUACGCUUAUUUAGCUGUAAUUUUACAGUUUAUUAUCGCAUCAUUUAGAAAUAAAAGAUGACGAUGAAAUCAAGACAUAUUACUAAAGUAAGUUCAAAGGAAUGAAUGCUGGGCAUUACGUUUCUUUCGGUUAUUGUGUAAUAACAAUGUGAAUUAAGAACAGUGGUGUAAAAAAAAAAAAAGAAAAAAAAUGAUUGAGUGGAGUAAUGUUACAAUUUCCUGUUCUCGUUGCUAUUUAUUUGUACACAAUAAUUGUCAUGGUAUUUACUAUUGCAUGCAGAUUUGCAAUGGAAAAUAUAUUCCAAGUAAAAUCUGCGACUAGUUUCAACAAAAUUCCUCCAAAAUUUCUUUUAUUACAGUAUAUAAGAGAAUAGAAUGGUCGAACAUUUAUUUGUAUACAUACAUACAUAUAUAUAUAUAUAUAUAUAUAUAUAUAUAUAUAUAUAUAUAUAUAUAUAUAUAUAUAUAUAUAUAUAUAUAUAUAUAUAUAUAUAUAUAUCAAAGUAUAUGAAUAUUAAAACUAAGUACGUAAAGUUGAAUUACGUAAAUGUAAUUAUUGAUGAUUGGUAGGCACUGCCUUAUUAAUUAUUUCAUGAAGACCAACGUAAAGAUCUUAUGAAAUAGAUACAAGCAAUGUGCGAUUGUAAACAUUUCAUUAAGAAUUAUUGAAGGACUGUUUAUGCGACAUAUUGUGACAAAAAAAAUGUGGAAGCAAAAUCGGUAUGAAAAAAGUAAAAUUAUAAUUCUUAUAAUUAUAUAGAGAUUAUUUUAAAGUUAUUAUUCAUUAAAAUAAAUCUCAGCUUUUUAA